AUGGGUGGCUUCGGGGCCCAGGGCUUCAUCAACUUAACUCCAGCAGCAAUCGAGCCAGCUACGAUACCAAUACUGGCCACAGCUACGAGAGCCAAAGCCCAUAUUGGAAGCGGCUUGUGCGUCGUCUUCCGCGCUGGUGAAGGCGAUAGCGCUCGCAAGGGAGAAGGCCACGAACAAGCUAAGUGA